AAAAAUAGGAAAAACCAAACCAAACUAAGAUGUGGGACUUGCUAUGUCUGGAGGGUAUUGUCCUAUGAAUUUGCCUGCAGAGACUAAGACUAUUAUCAAUGCACCUGUUUGUCAAAUCCACAAAGGCAAACCAGCUGACAUCAUGGAAGGAAAGAAUCAAACAGCUCCAUCUGAAUUCAUCAUCUUGGGGUUCGACCACCUGAAUGAAUUGCAGUAUUUACUCUUCACCAUCUUCUUUCUGACCUACAUAUGCACUUUAGGAGGCAAUGUUUUUAUCAUUGUGGUGACCAUAGCUGAUUCCCACCUACACACACCCAUGUAUUAUUUCCUAGGAAAUCUUGCCCUUAUUGACAUCUGCUACACUACUACUAAUGUCCCCCAGAUGAUGGUGCAUCUUCUGUCAGAGAAGAAAAUCAUUUCCUAUGGAGGCUGUGUGACCCAGCUCUUUGCAUUCAUUUUCUUUGUUGGCUCAGAGUGUCUCCUCCUGGCAGCAAUGGCAUAUGAUCGAUAUAUUGCUAUCUGUAAGCCGUUAAGGUACUCAUUUAUUAUGAACAAGGCUCUGUGCAGCUGGUUAGCAGCUUCAUGCUGGACAGGUGGGUUUCUCAACUCAGUGUUGCACACGGUUUUGACCUUCCACCUGCCCUUUUGUGGUAACAAUCAGAUCAAUUAUUUCUUCUGUGACAUACCUCCCUUGCUCAUCUUGUCUUGUGGUGAUACUUCCCUCAAUGAACUGGCUUUGCUGUCCAUUGGGAUCCUCAUAGGCUGGACUCCUUUCCUGUGCGUCAUCCUUUCCUACCUUUACAUCAUCUCCACCAUCCUGAGGAUCCGUUCCUCUGAGGGGAGGCACAAAGCCUUUUCCACCUGUGCCUCCCACCUGCUCAUUGUUAUUCUCUAUUAUGGCAGUGCUAUCUUCACGUAUGUGAGGCCCAUCUCAUCUUACUCUCUAGAGAAAGAUAGAUUGAUCUCAGUGCUGUAUAGUGUUGUCACACCCAUGCUGAAUCCUGUAAUUUAUACGCUAAGGAAUAAGGACAUCAAAGAGGCUGUGAAGGCCAUAGGGAGAAAGUGGCAGCCACCAGUUUUCUCUUCUGAUAUAUAACCUCUCUUAUGUGUGAUCAACAAUCUUACAUUAGAAAGUUAAAUUUUCUACCACUCAGUUGUUGCUGGUUAUAUUUGACUUAAAAUCUGCUUGUUAUAUUUGGCAACAGAAUGAAGGGUUGGCACACUGAACCCUAAUUGUACAUAUCUGUUUUGUUAGUCUCUAAUGGAGUUACUUAUUAUAGUUCUGUCCUUUUUAUUCGACUUCUCCAUUUUGGAAUCCUCAUCUAAAGUUGGUUCAUCGCUCAUGCUGAAUUUGCUUGAUGUAGCUUUCUCAGCUUUGAGUCUGCCUUUUCCAGCCUUGAAAAGGCUGAGCAGUUUCCCCUACCUUGAGCAGGCUAAGCAGACCUUGAACAUUCGCCAUGACAGGUUUUAUCAACCUGAACUGAGACAUCUGUCUUGGUUACCAUUGCGGGUUCCCAUGAAAACUUUGAUGUUUUUAGCUGCUUGUGCUGACCUUGCUGUUACAACAUACUUCACCUGAAGAAGGAGAUGGGUUUUGUGGGUUUUUCCUUUAUAUAUGCAAAGCUUAUUAUUAAACUUUGAGCCUUGAUCAGAA